CCUCCUCCACGGCGGGCUCCGAUGGUGGCGAUUCGAAUCCGAAGAGCAAAACCUAUUAUUCUCUCCAUCCGCAACGCUUCCACCCGAUUCGUCCACUCCUCUUCAUCCCACCCGUCCAUCGCCUCAUCGAUGGUGUCCGAUCUCCCACAGCUCGCCCCCGAUGACGAGGCCGUCGUCUCCUCCGCCGUCUCCAUCCUGCGGGAGCUCCGCUCCAAGCGCCGCUGGACCUUCCUCAAGUCCGUCCACCUGGCCGGCUUUUCGACCGCCCAGUUCGCUCACAUCCUCCUCCGCAUCCGCAACAACCCGCGCCUCGCCCUCGGCUUCUUCAUCUUCUCACGCCGCCACUCCCUCUGCCGCCACGACCCCCUCUCCUUCGCCGCCGCCGCCCACGUCCUCGCGCGCCACCGUCGCCGCCCCGCUGCCCUCUCCCUCCUCCAGGCUGCCGUCCGCUCCCUCGACCCCUCCUCCUCCCCCUACACCGACGUCGAGGGGAUCAACGGGCCGCCGGAGAUCUUCAGAACCCUAUCGAGGACCUAUCACGCCUUCGACUCAGCUCCCUUCGUCUUCGACCUCCUCGUGCAGGCUUACCUCCAGGUCAAGCGGCUCGAUCGGGCGGUCCAGAUCGUUCGGAUCCUGAGAUCCCGCGGCAUCCAGCCGUCCAUCGGCACCUCCAACGCCUUGAUCCGAUCGGUGUCUCGCGCGAAGGGAUCGGAUGCCGGCUUCCAAAUUUACAACCAUAUCUUCAAACCAGAACCUGCUGGCUGCGAUGGAGUUGGUGUUAAGCUUAGGGUUUCUCCCAAUGUGGGGACCUUUAACACCCUUCUCCUUGCUCUCCAUCGAGAAGGGAACUUGGAGAGACCGAAGGAGAUCAGAGACGAGAUGGAGAGUGUUGGAUGCGAUCCAAACGUCUUCACCUACAGUAUUCUAAUGGCUGGAUACUGCGACGAAGGCAUGAUGGAUAGUGCGAGAGGAUUUUGGGAAGAAAUGGCAGCCAAGGGAAUCAAACCUGAUAUCAUGUCAUUCAACACUUUGAUCAGUGGUUACUGCAAGGUAGAAGAGAUGGAGAGGGCCGAAGAUCUCUACAGACAGAUGAUAUUGAGUGAGAUCGAGCCGACCGUGACCACGUUCGAGCAGUUGAUUAAGGGUCAUUGCAAGAUUGGAGAUAUCGAUUCCGGGCUUCUUCUGUACCAGGAUACGAGGAGGAGGGGAUUUGGGAUGGAGGUCUCAGUUGUUGAUGAGUUGCUUGUAGCAAUGUGUGAGAGGAGGAGGGUUGCAGAGGCGUUGAGAAUUUUGAGAGAUGAGAUGAGGAGAGAAGAGUUUACGCCGAGUCGGUUGAGCUAUGAGGUGUUGAUCAGAGGUCUGUGUGAAGAAGGGGAUAUUGAGCAGGCAUUGAAGCUUCAGGCUGAGAUGGCUGGUAAAGGGUUUGGAAACAGCUUCGAGGUCUAUAGUGCAUUCAUACAUGGAUACAGGAAGCAAGGGGAUAUCGAGAAGGUAGAGAGAUUAAAGGAUGAGAUGAUUGUGAUGGGUGUAGGAAAAGGAGAGUAGGUAUCACUGAUCGGAAACAGGCCAGCUUUGUUCACAAGUUCUACGCUCACUGUGCCAUUGCCAUGAGUGUGGAAGUCAGAAGUUAAUGCAAUUCCGCAACAUGUUGAUGGCUUCAUAUUGAUUGGUGGGGUUCACUGUUUCUGUACAAGUACAUGAAAUUUGUAUAGUUUUGGGAUCAGGAAGAUGCACAAAUAAUCUUUAUCAUCACACAAAAUACUGAUGCAGCAUUUGCAAAAGAUUGCUUUGCAGGAGAAGAACAGCAACAUCAAUGUCAAUUAAAUGGUUUGGCAGUAGGAUGUGAAAUAAAUGGGCUAGCAUCUGUCUGUCAUAUAAGCUUCAAAGAAUUCUGCCGGUGAUUGUUUCUGCAGCAAAUAAAUGUUGAAGUAAUAACCAAGACCUGGGGAAAGAUAGUGGGUCUUGAUGAACCUACUGCGAAGCUAUGUAUUAGAUGGUUGGCUAGAGAUGUCUGGUUACUCGAAUUUUGGAAGCCUCUCUACAAUGGACAAAAUCUAAUAAUGAUGACGGAUCAGUGCUGCAAAUCAUAUCAGUCAAAUUAUAUCACUAGGAAGCAACAAGCCACAAGUUGAAAGAUGAUGGCCAGUGUAGAGCUCCAUGGGAAUUAACAGACCCAUGAUUGUGCCUAGGAAGCUGUCAAGUGGAGAUCACAAAUGAGACUGGCUCCCAAUAAAAUGUGAAAAGGAUGCUUUCCAUUUUCUAGCAGAAAUAGUUAAGAGUUGGAAGAAUGAGGUAAAACAAAUAGGUUUAGAAGAAAGAUCCAGUCACACUUGUCCAAGGAACCUCCUGAGUAGCAUCUCCAGGUAAUCAUCCUCCAUUAGAAAAAUAAAAAUAAAACAUUGAGUUGCUCCUGAUGAUAUUGUCCAAAAAGAUCGGGAUAGAUAGCAUGUUGUUCAUUGCAUAUCGCAUAGUACACAAAUUUAAUUGGUCAUGCAAUGAACAACAAGAGAAUAGCUCCAUUAUUAAAUUGUUGUGUUUGUGUAAGAAUGUGGUGAGCAAAGACUAAACGAGAUGAGAAAGAAAACGAAAGGCGUCCUAUUGAAAGAAAGAAAAUGAAAAUUAAAUGGUGUUCUGUCCUUGCAAGUAUAGGUGCAAGUACAAGUAAACUUGCAAGACAAUACUGUAUAGUAUACAAGGAUGUGGAGUGAAUCUGAAAACCCUAUAUGUUUUGCCAUGGAACAAAGAGACACUGCCAAGAAAACUAGAUAUGUAGAUCAGCCAUCUCGGCUAGUCAGCACCAGGUUGGAUAUGUAGCUCAGGCUCAGCCAUAAAAACUAUUACUCAAUGAACUAUUAGAUGAACAACCAUCUUUCAUACAUAAAGCUAGGUCUUGGGUAAGAUUGAAUGUAGAUUGUUCUGACCAUCAGAUGCGAGUUGGGGACUUGGUUUUCUAUUAAGGAACUAAGUUGAGAAAUGCAGCUUGUACAACGAGGCUGCUGCUUUUCGUGAGGGUCUUUUUGCUGCUAGGCGAAGAAGCGGCUUCCCCAAGUUACACGUUUGUGUUCUGCUAAUCAUUUUCCUGUCUAAUACGGGGUUGCGUCACAUGUACGCAGUCCCAUCAUACGAGAAAAUAUCCUGUCGUUUGAUGCAUCAACCGGAACUCAAUCCCACACGAUC